AAUUAAUCCUGAUAUCAAUGUGUUUGGUUCUCGAGUGAAGCAUUGGGUUUUGAGUGAUUGUGAUAACACUUGUGCUAUCAGACAAAAUGCUAACUUCCUUCGCUACUACUCCAUAGUCGCUAUGUUGUUGUUUCAUUUAGAGUAUUUGUGCACAGCAGUUGCCAACUGCUAUGUAUUUUGCUUCAGCAGUGAUAAUAGAUAUAAUGUUUUGUUAGAGUUUUGUUUCUUGUUGAAUAGAGACACUAAUCUUCCACCUAACAUCUGGCAUGUUCCUGCGGUGCUUUUCUUAUCAAUCUUGUAUCCAUCAAAAUCAAAGUCUAAAUAGCCCAUAAGUUCAAAACUUCUUUCAGUUGGGUAUCGAAGACCAACAUUUUGAUUGCUUUUUAGGUACCUAAGAAUCUUUGUGACUGUAAGUAGAUGACUUUCUUUGGAUUUAGAUUGGAAUCGUGUAUAUACCCCACUUGAUUAGGAUCCACUUAUACUUAUGUGUCGUGUAAGAUCAACAUUUUUGUCAUCUUCAUCAAUAUCAAGUCCCUAGGAUGUGUUGAUGGGAAGCUGAUCCACGUAUACCUCCUCGAUCUUCUAGCAGACCGUUGAGAAAAGCACUCUUUACAUCCAUUUCAUAGACAAUAAAGUGCUUGUGAAUGAUAUGAUGUUGCAAUGAGGAUUAACACAUUGGGAGCUAUGAAUGUCCUCAACUUUGCCAAGAAUUGUUUGAAAGUAAACACUCUUGUCCAUGUUUCCACUGCAUAUGUUUGUGGUGAGGGGAGUGGAAUUGUACUCGAAAAGCCACUGGUUCUGGGUGAGUCACUGAAUGGAAGUCGUGAUUUGGACAUAGAUGAAGAGAAACGUGUGAUAGGAGAGAAGUUAAUGGAACUUCACUCCCACAAUGCAACAGAAAAAGAGGUGAAAUCUGCUAUGAAAGAUUUGGGAAUUCAAAGGGCAAAGCUGCAUGGAUGGCCAAACACAUACUCUUUCACAAAGGCAAUGGGUGAAAUGUUGGUAUUGGCCUUUAAAGACAAUCUAUGCGCUAUAAUCUUACGUCCAACAAUAAUAACUAGCACCUAUAAAGAACCGUUUCCUGGCUGGAUUGAGGGUGCUAGAACCAUGGAUAUCUUUGUACUAAUGUAUGGCAAAGGAAAAUCAAAUUUCAUGAUUGGCGAUCCAGACUCUAUACUUGAUGUGAUUCCUGUUGAUAUGGUGGUGAACUCAAUGCUGGCAGCGGUGGUGCACCAUCGGGAGGGGUCAUCGCCGUCCUCUUUUAUUUAUCACGUUGGCUCCUCCGAUAAUAAUGCAUGCAACCCUCUGAAACUUUGCGAUGUUACAAGUAUGAUGUAUCGUUACUUCACCAAUAACCCAUGGACUUCACCGAGUGGAGCGGCUGUCAAAGUUCGCCAAUAUGUAUUGCUGCCCAGCAUCACAAGCUUACGCCGAUACAUCACAAUUCAUUAUCUUCCCCUGUUGCAGGUGCUAAAGCUGAUGAACAUGCUUCUCUAUCAUUAUUUCGAUGACAAGUGCACUGCGGUUGAAAAGAACAUCAGCAUGGUCAUCCGAUUUGCUGAAAUUUACAGACCGUAUGUGUUCUUCUACGGGAUCUUUGAUGGCAAUAAUACUAAGAGGUUGAGAACGGCUACAAGAAGCAGCAAUAUGUCUGAGAUAUUCUUCUUUGACCCAAAUUGUAUCGACUGGGAAGACUACUUCAUUAAUACACAUUUUCCAGGAGUCGUCAAAUAUGCCUUCUAAGUGUGUUUAUAUUAUAU